UAUUUUUUUCUGUGAAAUUUUUUCUCCAAACUUUGCACCUGUACAAAUAGUAAAUGGCAGCAUAAUAAUAAUAAUGAAUAAAUUCAGAUUUUGCAGCUACUAUUUAUUUGCUUUAUUAUUAAAUUCGUGUUGGCUGCUAAGCUAUGGCUACAGAAAUAUACGACUGGAAGAUAAUUUGUGUGCAGAUCGUAUCUUUAAAUAUUUCCAGGGUUCGUCAAUGACAUUGAAAGAAGAUCGUGAUUCGGCAGCUAUUAUAACACAGGUGUGGAACACUACCAUGCCAGGAUAUUAUUCCUCCAACAAAAUACGCUAUGAUUGUGAAUUUAAAGUGAACAGUGAGGAGCCAAAUCGUCCUCCCCGUGGCAUAUACACAGUAAUAACACGUUUGAAAUUUCGCCAUGAUCCUGUGAAAAAUGAAUGCUUGGACUAUAUACAGUUUCGCAAUGGCAACCGUUCACCGAGUGAGCGUAUUUGCAAUGAUAUCUCCAUAGAUGGGCCGGCUGGACGUUUGAUAUUCGAUCAACGUAAUAAAGAUGUAAGCGUACUAAUACAUAUCGAUAAAAAGAGAAUGAUAACGGAGCCCCUGGAGUUGCGUAUGGUGAUGACGGCUCAUUCGGAAUGUAAAUAUACGGGAGAUUUCCUAUGUGAACCCACAAAUCCAUAUACAUGUAUAUCACGUUAUUUUGUACGUGACAACGUUACCAACUGCAUGUAUCCAUGUCGUGAUGAGGUGUCUUGUUUUCAUGAUGCCAUCACUUUGGAAGAGAUUGACACAACAAAUGUCGCCAUAUCGGCCAUAACGUCACUGAUAUUUACAAUGUUGGGCGUAGGAUUUUGCAUUUGGAUCUGUUGGAAAUACUGGAAUUGUAUAACGGUGCAACAGCAUGCACACGAAGCAUCAGCUGUGACAAAUCGUCAACGUCGCCAACGUUCACAUCAACAUAGAAGUAGUGGACAAAGGGAAGUUCCUGUUAUAGAAUUACCUGCGGCUCCAUCAUUUGGUAGUGCUUCAACUGUACCCGUUCAUAGUUUAGAAAUGAACCAUCAACAACAACAGGGUGAAGAAACGCCAAAAGAUUUACCACCCAGCUAUGAAUCACUGUUUCCAGAUAGAUAAAUUCCAGUUACUUCCAAAAGCAACGAAUUUACAUUCAAUGUGUUCAAAGUCAAACACAAAAACUACUACUUCUACAAAAAGAAAAUAAAAAUCACGUACGUACAUCAUCUAUCUAGAAUACAAACAACAAAACUAAUAAAUAAAGCAAUUUAAAAAGCGCACACAUUAUCUUCCGUUAAAAAUGCCAGGUGCAAACAAAAACUAAAAAAAAAACUUAUUACAAAUAUUUAAAAUAGAUGGAGAACAAAUGCAAUUAUUAACAAGUCAAAUUAUUUUUUAAGCUGCCUUUGAAACUCAAUCAAUUACUAAAUGUACAUAUUAAAUGCAGAAGCAAAAAGAAAAAAAAUACAACAACUUUUAGUAGAAUCUCAUCUGAAUUAAAUCAUAAAAUAUACAUAUUUAAAAAAUAUAUAUAUAUAUAAAAACAAACACACACAUACAAAGUGCAUUCAAUUGUACAUUGAUUUGCAUUACUGAAACAUAAAAAAACUACAAUCUCUCCAAACUCGAAAUAACUUAAAUGUGUAUGUUAAUUAUCUAAAUUAAUUAUAAGUUAUAUGUAAAUAUGUCUAAUCUAUAUACUAUAAAUGGUAGUUAAAUAUUUGUUUGUAGUUUGUCCAAAAACAAAAUUAAAAUAUGUAUUGAAAAUAAUGUUAUUGAUCGAUUCAUAUGUGUCCAAAUGUGGUUCAAAAUAUUUCCCUACUUUUAUGUCGUUUUACCCAAAAGUGUAGACUUAAAACAAAAAUCAAUUAAAAUUAGUUGUUAGUUAAAAACGAAAAACAAAAUACAAAGGCAUAAAAAUACCAAUAUUAAUUUUAACAUUUUAUUUAUAAGAUCUUAGUUUUAAUAGAUGAGCUUGCUGCAGUAACUGUAUAAGCCAAAAUUUUUAAAACUUUGCAGUCAUUUUCCUCAAAACUUUAUUUUUGUGGUAUAUCGAGUUGCUGCUCUAUGACUCUACAAUUGUUUUUAUUAUAUGAAGAAUAUGUACUUUCAAAAACCCCACAUCACAAAUAUUAUUUUUUGUUUGUUUUUUCUAUUUAAACUAUUAUUCAUAGAUGAAUACACAUAGAUCAGAAACUCUCCUAUCAAAGACCUAACUCAGUAAAAAAAAUUAUAUGAAAACAAUAACAACACUCGUACAUGUGAUUAUUUUCAAUAAUUGUUUUGUUUGAGUUUUUUUCUAGUUUCCGCUCUAUGAAUAUUUAUCUAUGCUAUUAUUAUGUACCUGCUUCCACUCGAAAUAUUUUUGUUUCUUAAUACAUACAACUUUCUUAAGUAUUCUUGAAAGAAAUUUUAUGUAUUCACACAAGCAUUUAAAUAAGUAACCUUGAAAAUAUUCAAAUUAUUCCACUUUUCUAAAUGCAGCUUUAUUAUUUAUUAUUUUUAAGAUUUCUAUUUUAUUAUUAUUUUGUUUUUUUUUAUUGUAAUUAAGCUAACACCCAUAGUAUAUAAAUAAAAAUUAACCAAAAAUUUAAAAAA